UUGCUCGUAACCCCCCGGACCGGCGUUCUCUUUGGUAUGCUCCAAGAUGGCGGCCCCCAUGGUGCGGCGCGGGAUCCUCCUGGCGCGGAAAGUGCCUCUGUCUCAUCUCUCCCUGGCAGGUAAAAGAUGCCUGCUUUCUUCAGCAUAUGUGGAUAGCCACAAAUGGGAAGCAAGAGAAAAAGAAGAUUGUCACCUUGCCGAUCUAGCGUCUUUAAUGGAUAAAACUUAUGAGAGAAAGUUGCCUGUUAGUUCUUUAACAAUAUCACGGAUGGAGCAACUAAGUUCCAGAGGGGCUGUGCCACCUGCUUAUGCCACACAGCAAGCAAUAAAGAGAGCUGGUUCUCAACUUCAGUUUGUGGACAACAUUUCAUCUCGAGAAGAGAUAGACCAUGCAGAGUAUUACCUUUACAAAUUCCGACACAGCCCCAACUGCUGGUACCUGAGAGACUGGACUAUCCACACCUGGAUUAGGCAGUGUCUAAAAUAUGGUGCACAAGACAAAGCCUUAUAUACCCUUGUAAAUAAGGUUCAAUAUGGAAUUUUUCCAGAUAACUUUACAUUCAAUUUACUGAUGGAUUAUUUCAUAAAGAAGGAAAAUUACAAAGAUGCUUUGUCUGUGGUUUUUGAGGUCAUGAAGCAAGAAGACUUUGAAGUAACUUCCACCCAACUUCUCUCCCUCUAUGUUUUAUACCAUUGCCUGGCAAAGAAGACAGACUUCAGUUGGGAAGAGGAGAGGAACUUUGGUGCAUCCCUGUUACUCCUGGGCCUAAAGCAAAAGAACCCAGUAGGGUGGAGUUCCCAGUUGUAUGGCUGUGCACUUCUAGGGAAGGUGGAAUUGCAGCAAGGACUGCGCGCUGUGUACCAUAACAUGCCCCUGCUGUGGCAACCAGGCUACCUUGACAGAGCCCUUCAAGUGAUGGAGAAGGUAGCCUCCUCCCCAGAAGAUGGAAAGCUGUGUAAAGAAGCGCUUGAUGUGCUGGACAGAGCACUGAAGACUCUGACUGCUCCGGCCCAUGGGUCUCCAGAGGAACAGCCCCAAGAAGGGGAAGACAGCCAGCGGUCAGAACUGGUGGAGCAGUUGGACGUGGAGGAAACUGAACAGUCCAAGCUUCCCCAAUACCUGGAACGAUUUAAGGCCUUACAUUCUAAACUUCAGGCUCUGGGCAAGGUUGAGUCAGGAAGCCUUUUGACUCUGACCACCCAGCUCAUCAAAGAACAACUUCCCACCUGUGAAACAGAGGACAUCGCUGCCUAUGAGCAGAAGCUGCAGCGGUGGCAUCUGGAGCGGGUACAGUUGAUUCAGAGGGAACAGGAGCAGAAGGAGAGGGCAAAGCGGGAGCAUCAGGCUCGGAAAGCAGCAAAGGCUUCUGCCUGACAGGGCACCAGCCCCGCCAUAAGGACGUCACUAGACCCCGUCAUGAGAAUCAUCGUAACUGGGAUGGCAGCCUCAGCUUCCUACAUCUGUUUUCUCCUUUUCUUAAAGCAGGCAGGCUACCUGUGGUAUAAAAGCCAUGACGCUCUACAUAUUAAGGCACUGUGACUGCCUAUCCAGACUGCCUAGCCGUAGUUCCAAGGGCUGUGGAACUGUGAAAGUGGCUAAUAGUCAGACUGAAGCCACCAGCUGAAUACCUUAAAUGGGGCUCUUGAGGCUUAUGGAAUUCCUGGGGGACAGAGGUCAAUCUUGAAUAUUGAAACUUCCUGAUGCCUCGCGAUGGUGGCGGGAGAGGCCAUGGUUGAAGUAUCAGGUCUCGAGCACAGGUUUUUGAAUGGUCUUUCUCUUCCCAGCCGAGGCAGAUUGCACAUCCUGAGACCUUGUCCCUCUUCUCUCUAGUAUAAGCCCUCGGCCUGAGCUGGAUGUGGGGUACCCACACAUCCCCACUUUCUUCUUCCUUUGUGUCUCACCGUGCCAGACCUGAAUUGGGAAAAGUUCAGUACAGGAUCGAACGCAAGACCUGCUGGCUUUAAAAUUUUGAGAACCUAUAGUGGUAUUUUAAGAAUGUAAGGGCUUUCGAGGACAAAGCUAGCCCUAGUUCUAAAGCCUCCUUGACUGAAAGUUUCUCCAUCAUGUUGCGGUAACUUUUUUUUCCAAAAAGUAUUGUCUCAGCUCUUUCAUCAAGUAGGUAAAUGAGCCUCUUGUGCAUGCACACGCACACACGUACAACUUGUGAACACACAUUUCCAUCAGAGAAGUUGGAGAAAGUAAGAGAUGGGAUGUAAUACUUGAGAGGCAGACAAUUCCUUCCUGAAGUUUCUCUGUGAAUGGGGUUGGGGCAGCUCUUGUUUGCUAUGUAAUUUUGCCUUUAAGUACAGUGGUGUACUUUUAUUCAUGAUUGUGCUUUUUUAUCAAGAACCUAUGGAAAUAAAUGUUCUGGCAUUA